CCCCCACAUGUCAGUCCGUGUAAUAACAUCUUCAUGAUUCAUUUAUGAUAUCUUUGUCACCGUGGAAAGUCUUCGAUAUGUGGUUUAAAAUGUACUUCGAAUUUGACUAAUUCAGAGUUCAGAACCCUGUUGAAGGAGCAAUAUGACAUCCGUUUGGAAGCGAAUACAACGAGUCGGCAAACGAGCCUCGAAAUUUCAGUUCAUCGCUUCCUAUCAGACACUCACGUUAGAGUGUUGUCGUGAUGGGAAAUGGCAACCAAACAAGCUUAGUGUAUUAUGGACAAGAAGAAACAGACGAAAAGCUGUUAAGCCAGAAACAUGGCAACCGAGUAUUGCAAAUCCAUUUCGAGGUAUGAUUGUCUGGACUGACCCAGAAGAAGUAGAGAUCAGUGUGACAUUAUACAAAGAUGCCAGAGAAGGAAGUCCUUACGAAGAUAAACUAUGGACGUUUGUUAUUGAAGACGAAUCCAUUAACGGAAAGCGGCGACCUGUUGCCAGUGUUUCGGUGAACAUGGCGGACUAUCAUAGCAUAGAUCUUCAGACGUUUUGUCUGAACCUUCCCCUUCGACCUGCUUCAAAAAAAGUUGUCUCGGCUUCAUUGGAACUUAAUCUUGCCUGCGUUCUUCUCAAGGAAGGAAAUGCAACAGAUGAAGAUAUGAUAAGCAUGAGCAGUCUACUCAGUUUGAACGAUCCUUAUGGCUCCAGCGACUUAGACACGGGAAGGAACUUCAAACGAAAUGCGGGAAAACGUCUUUCCCUGCGAUCAGUUAAGACACACAACAAACCAACGUUCAACAUGUCUACGAGCUCAGACCACAAUAAACAAGCAAGGAAAAGUUUCAGAGACAAGAGCAAGCGAGGAAAGAAUGAACUCCUCAAUAAAUCAUUUCCUUUAACCAAUCACGUUGUCCCAAAUGGUCUGAAUAUUGCUACGAGCACGAGUGAUACAUGUGAACAGACCGCUGACACGCAAACUAGACCCACCGUGAAAAAGAGAAAGAGCGAGGAAAAAAUGUCUCGUGCCGAGGAAAGUUUAUUGAAAUGGUGUCAGGAUUGUGUUGCGUCAUACGAGAAUGUUGAAGUCAUAGACAUGACGUCAUCAUGGAAAAAUGGUUUGGCAUUCUGUGCCAUUGUGCAUUAUUUUCAUCCUAAUAUGAUAGAUUUUGCGAAUUUGAAGGCUGAUGACAUCAGGGAAAACAAUAGACUCGCUUUUGAGGCGUUUGAGUAUCUUGGUAUAUCAAGGAUGUUAGAUCCAAAUCAAAUGGUUUUAUCAACCAUUCCUGAUAAACUUCUCAUUAUGACAUAUUUACAUCAAAUUAAAGAAUUCUUUACGAAAAGGACGACGUCACGUGAGCGUGCCGAAAAGACGGAUGACGACAAAGUUUCCAUGGCUGCGAUAGCCGAGGCUGAGCGAAAACUAAGACUGAAUACUGCGUCAUUGUUAAAAGAUAUGGAGAAAGAUGAUUUUGCCAUUAAGGAUGAGUAUAGCAAAAAGGUGGAUGAGCCGGUUGAUAAAACGGAAGCCUUAGAAGUUGUUGAAACGGAUUCAGUAGAAGUUGAAAAAAUGGAUAUCUUAGACUCUAACAAAACAGAUACGUUAAAGCUUGACGAAAAAUAUACCUUUGAUAAUAGAUCAAAUAACGUUGAUAAAACGAAGAAGUUAGUUGUGAGUAAAACGGAUACCUCAAAUGAUAGAACGGUUGACUCGGGAGAUGAUCAAGUUCGUGCUCAAAAUAAUAGCCAGCAAAAACUAGAGUACGAGGCCAAUCCUGGUUUUAAUCCAUUCGACGAAGAUGAUCACAUCACUCAGAGUGACGUUAAGGCCGUGGAAGACAGACGUGUGGACAAUAAAUUAAAUGAUAAAAUACCAGCAGAAACGCGUGAAAAGGAUUGGAAUAAGGAGAAAAGUAUUUUCAGUGAAAAUAAAUUGGAAGAUUCUCAAGAAAACGACAACGUUUCUUUACAGAAUCCAAAGCCACAAAGAAAAGAAAUAUCCUCUAAAAAUCUUGACGAAAAUACAACUAGGGAGAAUAAGAUCCACCACGAAGAUCCGUGGCGUCGUGAGGAGAGUGCAGAGACUGGGAAACAAGUCUCUAGUCCAAAAGGAAAGCUUGGUGUGAAGAACAGUAAUCCUGUUCAACAAGUGUAUUUUGCUAAGCCUGGGUACAACCCUUUCCUGGACGAUGAUGGGGAUCAAAAAGUCCUGGAAACAAAUAUAAAUGAUAGACAUGAUGCGGUCGCUGGGAGCAAAGGAAAUACGUCCGAGGCUGGAAAGCAAGGUUCUUUGAAUCCUUUUGACGAGGAUUAUGUUGAUGAUGAAGAGACUGUUGUCAGCGAUAUUGAUAGUGUUUUAACUAGGACUACAAAAAAGCGAAGUUUAAACCCUUUUGACGAUGACUACGAGGAGCCAUUCGAGACAAAUAUAGACGAUGACGCGAAAGAAGAAGGGACUGUAAAAGUUUCAGAUACUAACAGGGAACUGGGAACGAAUGAAACCUCUAGCAAUAGGGAAAGUAUGAACAAUGUAAAGUCUCCUGAUCAUGGCGAACAACUAACCAAUACAGCUAAGUCCCCUUUAACGGCAAAUUUGACAGAGGUUCGUGUGACGGAAGAAGGGCUGGAGUCAGAAAACAUGGAUUGUCAUGAGAAAUCUACACCCUCUCGCGGGCUGAACAGUGAACCCACGUCUCCACGUAUGAGGAUACCGUCAUUUGAAGAAUGGAAAGCAAAGAAAUCUGACGAGGCGGCCAAACAAGAUGCCAGACAAGCUCAAGUUCGUCAAAUGAUAAAAGAGGCAAGGGCAAAGUCCGUUCGUGCGCAGAACAAUUCGAACCCAAACCAAGAAGGCAUGGACAAAACAUCCGCGAGUGGCGUCACUACGUCUAGUCCCAGUCUUCCAAGGUUAUAUUCUUCCAAGAAAUACAAGGCUCCGGAGCCUCCUAAGGCUGGAGCCCAAAGAAAUUUGACGCCUAAAUUAAAGGAGGAGAUAGAUGCACAGAGGAAAAUGAGCGAGAAAACACGAAAGACGCUGGAGACAUCCCGUAUAAAAAGAGUCAAUCCAAGACAAGAGAACGUGUCCGAAGUUGAAGCGAAAAGCGAGAGACGUGAGAAGAUUGAACAAGUGAUUCGUGAAGCCAGGGAUAAAAACUCGCACUCCCCGGCGACAUCUCCCCCCGUCGGUGAAGAUGGAAGCGUCGUGAUUAGCCCGCCAAAACCACCUCGUUUGUAUGCGUACAGGAAUAAGCUUGAUGGAUGCGAAGAGCCUCGAGAGCCUGGUACGCUGGAUAGCGAGGCGCCAGGAAGUGAAAGUGAAACGAAAGAAAAGAGUGCGGAACAGAACAACAAAGACCUACAAGAAAGUGAAGAGAAUUCUUUACAUCAAAAUCCGUUCAAGUUAACUUUCAAAAAGAAAGAACCCGUUCCACAAGCUGUCGUGAAACCUUUAGCUGCAGGUAAUGUUCGUGAGACGAAGAUCGAUUUGAAGAAAUACAGUGUGAAGACUCGUGGCGUCGCUGAUAUUGAAAAUACAGAAAAUAGCGUGACGCUGUCCUCCGCUACGCUUCCAAGCAGUCAAGAAUCGCUUUCGGAGCGUGGCCGUUCUUCUGAAGAAGAUGUCAAUAAUAUUUUGGAUAAUGUGGAGACAACGUCAGAAAAUGAAGAAAAAAGUGACGAAGAAUUAUAUGACAACGGCGAUGACGAAGAGGGAUUUCAAGAUACAUCUCAGUACGUUGAGCACGAGAUUGCCGUGUUGGAAGAGGAUCGCGCUGCCUUAGAUCGCGUGGCCGUAAAACUCGAGAAAGAAUUGAGAGAAGUCAUGAAUACGGAAGAUUGUAAAGAUGAAGAACAGAGACUGUUUCAAGAAUGGUUUUUGCUUGUUAACAAGCGAAACGAAAUUGUUCGAAGGCAGACCGAGCUGAGCAUUCUAGAAAAAGAAGAAGAUUUGGAGAAGCGAUUUGAGUUGUUAAACAGAGAACUGCGAUUUUUAAUGACUGACAAGCUUCGAGAAAAAACCGCCCAUGAGAAAAAACGCGAGGAACUUCUCCUUGCAGAAUUGGUUCGUCUGGUCAACAAACGCGAUGAAUUAGUUCGAAUCGAGGAUUCUCAAAUACAGGAGGCUGAGAAAGUCGCACGGCACGUUGAACAUGUUGUGAGAAAUACAAAGAUUCCCAAGAAACAGCCGGCUGAUUGUUGUAUUCAAUGAUACAGUCAGAAAUAUAUGUGAAUAUAAUAACAUUAAAACCGCUGAAGAUUUUGAAACGAGAAAAUUCUUCAAUGCAGUGUGAUGGCUUUACGAUGUACUUUAUGCUAUAUUGAUGAGUUUUUUGUUGUCAAAAUUUUGUAUUGAGGUAGGAAUUCUCCUUUUUAUUAACUUGGAAAAAAUCUAACGAGUUUCAUUUCUGACUAUUUUCGAUACGAGCAAAUAAUGAGAGGGUACUUAGUCAAGUUAUUUAAAAAGAAAGAAUAUAUAUAUAUAUAUAUUAUACAUAGAUAAAUUAAAAUGUUGCAAAAAAAUUUGUUAUCAUGGUUGUAAUCAAGCAUAGUCAAGGUUGGAAAAAUUAUUCUUUACUAUUUUGUACAUGAAAGAUAUAAAAGUUCCCUUAAAUAUAGUUUAUGAAAUACAUCGAUGAGAAUACAUGCAAUCUUCACGUAC